UGUCAUGUUUUGGUAAAAUUUCAAUACGAAAGUGUGUUUGCAGGAAGAAAUUUUUGAAUUUUUUACCUUUUUUUAAGGAUUUCGACCCAUAAAGAGAGUUAAAGUUAAAGUUGAAUCACAAAACAAGUCGAAAAACGUGAAAAUGGAUGCAAAUACAGGAAAACAACCAUUUGAUAUGUCUUUAGACGAAAUUAUCGCUUUGAAGAACGAUACCGACGGAUAUGUGCUCGAUUUGAACACAGAAGAGGACAUUGAGAUGAACGACGAUGAUUUUAAGGCUCCAUCUUCCGCGCCUUCCGUUUCCAUGAUGAGCUAUGGACGUACAAAAGACCCGGAAUUGUCGGUAAACAUUCGUCUUCGCCCCGAAAAUCUCGUUGAACGCCCAAAAUGUAUGCCUCCGCUGCUCAGUCGUGAAGCCCAAAAGCAAAUGGAUGAAUUGGAAGAACUGAAAUCGGAAAAUCGCUUACUUGAACUCAACAAUUUGAACAAAUCUCGUUCAAGCUUGAACUCAACAAUUGGUCGUUCAUCGGUUCGCAGCAACUUUCAUCGCACUUUUAAUCGAAGCAUCAACAAUCCGCCGAAAAAUCAACGAGGCAAACGUGAUUUGCGUCAAAUUUUGUUGCAAACUGUCGAGAAAAGUAACGCCAUUCAGCAAAAUACGACGAAAAGUAUCGCGAAUGUUGAUAUUUUGUUGCAAAAUCAAACGAUCUCGAAGUACGUUGACGUCAUUAACAUGAACUUUGGCGCGAAGAAGUAUGACAUGAACAUUCAAAAGGAGAUUGCGGCAUUGCAAAAGAAGCCUUUUAUGUAUGCUUGUGGCUCGUCAAAGGUAAUAACGCAAGACGGAGAAGGCAUUGAAGGACCGAAAGUGAUGGCUUUGGGUACAAAAUCGACAAUUAAUUGUCGUUUCUCGAAACUUUGAACUAUUUUUUGACACUUUUCUUUAGAUUUAAGUUUAUCUCGUACAAAAAACGAGAGAUAUUAAUGUUUUGAUUAACAUAAGACACGAAAAAAAUGUAUUUCACUGGCUUAAAUAGACUUUAUUUGUUUCAUCCUC